AAUUGGGAAAGUGAAAGUAGCAGUCGCGCGUUUUCCCUGCAUGUACACAUCGAAUCGAUUUACGAUCUGGAUUAUUUUUGAUAAGGAAUGCACCAAAUUCUAAAUAAUGGAAGAUUUAAAGAGAAGGUUGGAGUUCAACAAUGUGGCUGUUCAGCGACAAGCACUAAACAAACUGAAUGAGGAAGUAAGAAAGAGCUUAACUGCAGAGAACAAGUUAACUGUCUCGUCACCUAAGAGUGUGGCAUGCAAACUUUUGGAAGAGAAAUGUGGUGUCGCAGACACAGUGGUUGCCAAGGCAGCAUGCGGUGUAAUGGUGGAGCUGGUGAGAGAGGGACUGGCCGAGUUCACCGCUGUCCAGGAGUUGUUCCUCAAUCAAGUACCAACUGCAAAGAACUUAUGUGGCAUUGUACAGGGUACCACAGAGUUGCUCCUCUGGCAAGCGGCAGUGAUGGCUGGCACUAAGGAUGGGUACAUGAACCCCUACACCCUGAGGUCUCCCCCUCACCCCUUCAUCACUAUUUUGACCAAUCGACCUGAUUCCUGGACAUUGCUAGGCAACCAAGUGACCAAAAUCUGCAGUAUGAAAGAUGAAAGGAUCCAAGGAAUUUCGGUAGAGAUCCUUGAGCCAUUCUUGAAGUUUGUUUUUGUGGAGCCACUAGAGAGUCCUCAGUAUCAGCCAAUGAAAGUCUGCCUACAAAGGGAGUUACUUGCCCUAGCCAGCCAAUCAGACAGUAUCAUGUUAAGGAAAAUAACAGGAUUUUUGGCCAAUAUUUUGCCUUGUCUUCAGGUAAAAGAUGUGAACUCUCUAGGAAGCACGGCCAUGUUAUUACUGGCAGUCGUAGACGUGUGUUUGGUUCGAGUUCAAGAAACAGAGAAAAUUCUCAGGAAACUUCUGACAUUCUUGCUGGACCUUUGCUGGGAAUUUCAGGCUCAAUUAUUAGAUAUAUCCAUGGUAACCAAAUACCUUUUAAGGGCUGCAGAAAAAAUCCCAUCUGCCCUUCAGUCAGGGGAGAACCUGAUUUCCCUGGGAGCUCUGCUACUCAGAACUGAGGGGGAGGAGACCGUCCAUCUACUAGCCACUGUCAUGAAAAUUCUGGACAGCGUCCCUGAGAAUCUGUGUGGUUUGGAGGUAGACUCCCUUGUGUUGCCGAUUCUCCAGAUUCUGUCCCUGCCUUCUGCAGAUGCUGACACUGGCAGUCCGAAUCCUGCUGUCUCUUUAUCAGCAAAAAUCCUGAAGAUAAUCGAGAAAAAACUAGAAAAACCAGGUCUUAUGAAGGCACAGGAUUACCCUCCACACAGUCACCUUUCCUGGUUGUCAUACAGAAAUAAUAACUACUCCCUCCUGGCCCGGGCUCUUGGAGAGGAUGAGCAGCUGGCUACCCAGUGGUUAGAGAACUUGAUCAACUCCCUACCCAGGCUUAAGAUUGUUCCAGUUGAAAUAACAAUGAUUGCAUCAGCACUAUUUAUAACAUCACCAGGACAACCUUGGUCAGACCAAUCACUGAGGGCAUUACAGAGCAUCUCCAAAGCUGAUCCUCAACAGGCAAACUACUUUUUGCCCCUGUAUAUCUAUCAGCUGAACAAGCGCCUCAAACCUGAGGUCAAACUGAGCAUCAUGAAGGCUAUUCCAAGCAUAGCACAGCAUAAGUUCUGUAUCCCUCCUGUCCUGAGAACUAUACAAACGUUUGGAUCCACCCCUCGAUUAAAGGCGUUGUCCAUACACUUGUUGGCUGACCUCUGGAAGAUCCAGGACCGAUGUUUCCCGUACUUACUUCAGGCGAUCUCUGAACCAGCCCCCGCGGUCUUGACCAAGGAGGGUGUGGAUGAAGUGAAGCUAGCCAAGGUCAAGGCCAUCAGAGACGUCUGUCUGAUCAGGGGAGAGCAGCAUGGCAGUGAUGUGUUAUCUCCCUUGUCAGACUUGCUGGAGAGUUCCACAUCCGAAGUGGAUUCACCAGUUGCCUCCCUUGCAUUGGAGGGAUUGUAUCAUUUGUGUAAAGCAGAAGUGAUAGACAUUGUGUCCACCUGGUCUGUAGUGGGAUCCAAACUUGCCAAUGAUCCCAGAUCAAUAGUGCAAGAAAGAAUUUGUCAGCUGUUUUCUUUACUACCAGAAUUGGAAGUGAAAACCGAGGAAUUUGAGAAGUUAAAUCAGUAUGCGGUGGCAUCCCUGUGGUUGUUGGUUCACAGUGAUCACCACGUGGUCAGUAUGGCAGCUUUCAGGGCCCUGUCUCAGUUCCCCACCUCCAGAUUCAAGUUGUCUCACAUCCCAGACAAGAUUAAAAUGGACAUUGUGAGGCAAGCUGAAGCAAUUAUUGGGAGGGGAGAUAACCCUGACCUGACUGUUGAGGAUGUUGUAACAGAGGUUCCGGGGGUAUGCUUCAUCCGUUUACUGGGAAUUAUUCCACCCCAGGUGUAUGAAGGAUAUAGGGACUUUCUUGUGGAACAAGUGGGGUCAGAGGUCAAGAACUUGCCCCGGGGAGUGUACCACAGGUCCGCACGACGGUCGGGGACAGCACCCAGUCAGAGUAAGACCAUGGAGACGUUGCCAUUGUUCCUACAGCAGCAGUAUGACAAAUGUAAACAGCCUGGUCUCAGACCUGGCUUAGCAGCGGGUCUCUUGUUCAGCUAUGAACCCCCUGUAGAGGUAGGGCGAGACGGUCGACCACGGAAACACUACAUCAUCACGCACAGCCAAAACUUCCACCACAUGUUCAACACUCUUCUACAUGAGGUGAUAAUCCAACCCUCUGAUUGGCAAAAGAUGCAGCAGUUGCCCCAAGCCUGGGUUUCUUUCAUGGAUAGACUUUUUACCUCAGCUGUAGAAGGACGAAGAGCAGAAAUUGAUCUGCAGUUGAAGAAAAACCUCAUUGGAAUAGAGGAUGCAGAAGAAAAACAGAGAGUAGCAUGGCUGUGGGUGAGAGACCAGCUGACUGACAAGAUUAAGAGGGCAUCAAAAGAGAGUCCAAAUGUUCAGGGAAAUGCCAUUCUAUCCUUGAGUGGGCUGGUACUGGCUUCACAAAGAUACUGGACUAACCUUGACAAAGAAUCUCAAGGUCAGAUAGAUAAUGUCAAGGACUUCCAGAGCCAGUCGCACUGGGCAACGGUUGUCAUGGAUACUCUGAUGUCACUGAUGGAUGUAACCUUUCAACCUGAGGGACACAUCCUGGGACUGUGCCAACAGAGGACAAAGGAUGAUAGAAUGACCUCUAGUUUCCUGGCCCAAGCUUCUGCUGUCUUGGCACUUUCCCAACUGACACCUGUUAUAAUCAAUCUGGAUGUGAACAGGAUUUUUGGAAUUUUGGAAAUUUUGAUAAAAUGGUUACCAGGACAACCAGAGGCUCCAGAAGCACCUGUCCUGCAGACUGCCUAUGGUCUUGGGCUGGGUGGACUUCUGGAAAGACUGUUUGAGGAACAUUUCCUGGAAACAUGUGGAUCAAGGGAGACGGUACAGGUUUGGAGAGCUCUGGACAAUUUGGAGGAGGCAUGUUUUACUGGAAGAGAAGAAAGCUGUGGGUGUCUUUUGGGCCUGGGUCUUGCUGUAUCAUCCCUGUGUACUGAUUCCAAGACGGAAGCUCGGGCCCACGUUCUCUCGGUUCUUGACAAGCUGCAGUCUUGUUGGCAGUCAUCUCAACCAUUGGAUCAAGCUCACGAGAUAAUGGCUGUAGACUUGGCUCUGAUUUCUAGCGUUGCCUUCAACAGCAACAUUAUAUCAUCUGACAGAGUGUUGUCCACCGUGAGCCAAGUAGUCGCAAGUCAAACAGAGGCACCUAAGAGUUCUGGGAUUGCUGUAGCAGCAGGCCUACUGUUAUACCACCUCUCUAAGGCAGGACUAUCCACUGUUACAGAACAACAGGCACUGCUGCACCAAACCUGGACCAGGAAACUGAACUCACAGGAGAGUUCAGACCAAGAAAAGAUAGCGGCUAUGAGUGGACUGCUGGCCUUGGUUGGUUCACACAGACCUCUCACCCCUACCUCAGGGACGAUGUCCUUAUCCUUGAGUGCUAUAAAUGUUGAUGAGGUUGUCAAGGUCAUACGACAGGUUGUAUCUAUGGGAGAUGACCUUGGUCUCCAGAAUUCGGCAGCCUGGAUGCUGGGUCAAUAUCACAUGUCAGCGUCCAGUGCUAAUGAGAGCAGGGCCAGUGUGGCAACCUCUAUGAGUUAUCUCCCUGAAUCCAGCUUCCUUAGAGCUGUAGUGGAUUUUCUCCUUGAUGCGGGAAGGAAAGGUCCUGAAGCAGUGCCAGCCCCUCAGGUAGAGUGUUGCCUCAGAAGUUUACAGGUGACACAAAGCCUGCCCCCGGUCAACUGGGCGGGGAUCCUCACCCCACUGAUGAGGACCAACUUCAGUGAUGAAGUGAAGAGGUUGUGCCUUCAGGUUGGGAUUACCCAGAGUUCAUCAUCCACAACAGCAGCAGUAUUAGUCAGUUCGUGGGUGGUCCCACCUCUCAUACACUCUCUCAGUGCACAUUGCCGUUGCUUACUCUAUGAUGAGUUACCCACGCUUAUCGCCUCCCUGUCACCAACAACUUUGAAAUCUCUUCUGGAUUCAUUUCAAAGUGAGACUGGGAGCUCGUAUCUGCAUGGAAUAUAUGGACUACAGAAGGCAUUGAAGGUACCUGACCCCCCGCCAGCUGUGGCGUCUGUAUUACUGGACUGUUUGAAGGAGGUGUAUAAGACACAGAGAUCAUUAUGUCGCAUAGAUGACAAAUUGUUCCACCUGCUGGCGGAGUGUCUUGGGAGUGUAACGGAUGAAGUAUUUGAAGACCUCACGGACAACGAUUUUGUAGAGGAUAAUUACUUUUUGUCCUGUUUUGUGAGAUGCUAUUUGUUAACACAAGGAAGACAACCAAUAGCUUUGCUUAAUCGCUGUGUUGAUGCGAGUCUUAACAAUCCUGGGAGUGACACACCGGAACUCCAUGCUUUGUUUUACCACACAUUCUGGCACAUCUCCCAGUCUUCAGCCAAGUCACAUGGAGUUCUGAAUCAGCUGCAGUGGUUACUAGAGUUACUGGGCCACACCCGUAACUUAGCAACUGGUGCCAUCAUUCUGUCAGACAAGGUCAAGGACAAAAAGAAGGUUGUGGAGUUUGCAAUCAAAUUGGCAGCUGCGGCCAUCAGUAUAUGGACCUCGUCCUCAUCUGGUCUUGUGUACAAUGUUAACCCUAACUACCUUAUGAAUACCUGUCCUUCUUUUCCUGAGGGUCAUGACCUGACUUUGAGCAGGUGCCCUGGGAGUCCACUAGAUUUCUUCCCAUCCUACGUUUCUGGGCUAGAAGGAGAGCCAUGGAGUCAAAUUUCACCUAAGGUAAUGGACUGGCUGGCUGUGAUGCACAAAAAACAUCCAGAAUUAUCCCCAUCUCUCUCAGCUGCUGAGAUUGGUUUGAAGCACACCUCGGAUUUCAGACGAGCGGCAACAUGGACAGAUAUUCUACAGAGGAUGCAGCUUGAUAGUACAUGUAUACAUCUAACCAGAAUGCAGUGAAUAAACAAGACACAUCCAACAAAGGUCUAUUAAUAAAUUGGUUUAUUCAAAUAAUCAAAAACCGUGAUACAGUUGCAUGUCUUGAAAGAAAGAACUAUAAAAAGACUUCUAUACAAAAAAGAUAAUAAAUAAAAAAAAGCCAUGUAAUGUUUGUGUUGUGUUAAGCUUAAACAAAAGUAUGUACAGAUUAAAUAGAGAUUUACUCAACAACAAAUGCAGUCCCCAUCGAUGAUUUAAUUUGUAAUUUUGUUGUUGAAAAAUGCUACUUGCAUGUAUUUAGAUUACAGACACAUGGACACAAUUUCUGAUCAUAAAAAAAUAUAGACACAUGUAUAUUUGUUCAAUGAAUGGCCUAAAGUUGGACGACCUCACAACAACAAAUGCAUAUCAUGUAUCACAGAGGAUGUAAUGAU